AACAUAACUCUUAUAAUAUUCAAAUUAUACUCUGACUAAUUCAGAUUCAUACCACACAGAGUCCAUUUCAGGAAAGUAUUUCAUUAUCAAAGAUUUGAUCAUAUCCAUAGCUCGAAUUUGAUCCACUUAACUUUUCAUUAUUAAAGAUUUGACCAUAUCCACAGCUCGAACCUGAUCUACUAACUUUUCAUUUGAUUAUAUCCACGGCUCGAACCCGAGCCACUUUUUAACUUCCUAUAAAUAGCAUUUUCACUCUCUUACGAAACACAAAAUCUAAUCUCUCUGAGAUUUGUGUAGAGAGAGAGAGAUGACGGAGAGAGAUAUCGACGAUCUACCUCGUAACGCCGCGAACUACACGGCGUUAACGCCGUUAUGGUUCUUAGAGAGAGCGGCGAAUGUAUUUCCAAAUCGGAAAUCGUUAAUUCACGGCUCCGUUGAGUACACGUGGCACCAGACUUACCGUCGGUGCCGUCAGUUAGCUUCUGUUCUAACCAGAAACUCCGUCAACUUUGGUAGCACCGUUGCAGUUAUUGCUCCAAACGUCCCGGCUAUGUAUGAAGCUCAUUUUGGAAUUCCGAUGGCUGGAGCUGUUAUAAAUGCCGUCAAUGUUCGUCUAAAUGCACAAACGAUUGCUUUUCUUUUGGGCCAUUGCUCAGCUUCUAUCGUCAUGGUGGACCAAGAGUAUUUUCCCUUGGCUGAGGAAGCUUUAAAGAUAUGGGAAAGUAACAGUAAAGGGAAAUUCAAGGCUCCGCUUUUGAUUGUAAUUGCUGAUCAAAACUGUGGUCCAAUACCGGUCCAACGUGCUCUUGAGAAAGGGGCAAUUGAAUAUGAAAAAUUCAUAGAAACCGGUGAUCCAGACUUUACGUGGAAACCACCAAAGGAUGAGUGGCAGACGAUUGCUUUGGGCUAUACUUCCGGCACAACAGCUAGUCCUAAAGGAGUGGUUCUGCACCAUCGUGGCGCUUAUAUUAUGGCUAUGACUAAUGCUGUGAUUUGGAGUAUGCCAGAGGGAGCUGUGUAUCUGUGGACUCUGCCGCUGUUCCACUGUAAUGGUUGGUGUUUUGUUUGGACACUCGCUGCGAUUUGUGGGACUAACAUAUGCCUUCGACAGGUAAGCGCUAAGGCGGUUUACUCAGCCAUAGCGCAUCUUGGUGUGACUCAUUUUUCUGCUGCGCCCGUGGUACUCAACACCAUAGUUAACGCCCCAAAAGAGGAGACCAUCCUUCCUCUGCCUCGUCUUGUGCACGUAAGCACAGCCGGUGCUUCUCCUCCUCCAUCUGUCCUUGCUGCAAUGUCACAGCGUGGCUUCCGUGUCUUACACACUUAUGGUCUUUCUGAAACCUACGGUCCAUCCACUCUAUGCGUGUGGAAGCCCGAGUGGGAUUUACUUCCCCCAGACGUCCAAGCACGUUUACACGCACGCCAAGGUGUCAGAUACGUUGGUCUGGAGCAUUUAGAUGUUGUCAGUACGAACGACAUGAAACCUGUCCCAGCAGACGGAAAGACAACAGGAGAGAUCGUCUUCAGAGGUAAUCUCGUAAUGAAAGGUUACCUCAAGAAUCCUAAAGCUAACGAGGAAUCUUUUGCCGGGGGCUGGUAUCACUCUGGUGACCUCGCGGUUAAGCAUCCAGACGGAUACAUAGAAAUCAAAGACCGAUCAAAAGACAUCAUCAUUUCAGGAGGCGAAAACAUAAGCAGUGUAGAGGUCGAAAACAUCUUAUACCUACAUCCUGCUAUACUCGAGGUGUCUGUUGUUGCAAGGUCUGACGAGCAAUGGGGCGAGUCACCUUGUGCAUUCGUGACAUUAAAGCCGGACUUGAAGAACACCGAUGAACAAACAUUGGCCGAAGAUAUCAUCAGCUUCAGUCGAUCGAAAAUGCCUAAAUACUGGGUUCCAAAAUCAGUUGUGUUUGGACCAUUGCCUAAAACUGCUACUGGGAAAAUACAAAAGCAUUUGUUGAGAGCCAAAGCAAAGGAAAUGGGACCUGUGAAGAAGAGUAGAUUGUAAUUAUAAUGCUCCAUAAAUAAUGUUGAACUAUGUUAUUAGUAAAAUUAUAAUUGAUGAAGAAAAUAAUACAAAAGACAUCUUCUUAUUUUGUGGUCGGCCCUUUCCCGGACCCCGCACAACAGGAGCUUUAAUUCACCAGACUGUCCGUUUUUAUCUUUUGAUUUUAUCUUUGUAGUUUUUCUUCAUUUAUUGGAGUAGCUCAGGGUCAACA